GUCGGCUUCGCUCGGGGGCUCGUCGUCGGCGCGAGCUUAUUCGUGCUCAUCUUCAUCCACUCAACAAACAUGUCCGGCCUCACCAUGAUCCAAGGCCCCCUCUCAUCCUCCCUCCACGCCCCUACAUCAGCCCAGUCCCUCACAACAAGCUACCUCAUCACAAUGUCCUCCCUCCUCCCCCUCAUCGGCCGCCUCGCAUCCGUCCUCUCCCCGCGCUCCAUCGUCCUGCCCUCCGCCUUGCUCUUUGCCCUCGGCAGCCUCGCCGCCUCCCAGGCAUCUUCCUACGCGGCCUUCCUCGCCGCAAGAAUCGUCAUGGGCGUCGGCGGCGCGGGGAUAGUCGUCAUGGCGGUGGUGUUUGUGAUUGAGCUCACGGGGCCCAGGACCAGGGGCGUCGUGAUUGGGUUUGUAAACGCGGCGUUUACGAUGGGGGUUUCGGUCGGGGCGGCGGUGUUUGGUGUUUUGGAGCCGGUUGUCGGAUGGAGGCCGCUCUUCUGGUUCCCGUCGCCGAUAGUCCUCCUCGCAGGCAUCGGGCUCCAUCUCAGCCUCCCGACGUCCAUGUCGCUGCCCCCAUCAGAACAAACCGGCAAACCAGCUUCUCUAAGACAAAGACUCGCCAGCAUAGACUACCUCGGCGCUUUUCUCCUUACCCUCACCAUAGUCCUCUUCCUCCACUCCCUCUCCGCCGAAAUCCAUCCCCUCCCCCUCCUCACCUCCCUCCUCACCCUCCUCCUCUUCACCAUCACCGAGUUCCGCCUCGCCCCGGACCCCAUCAUCCCCCUCUCCGUCCUCUCCUCCCGCCCCGUCCUGCUCUCCUGCCUCGCCCAGCUGGGCCUCAUGACCGCCCGCUGGGCCAUCCUCUUUUACACGCCCAUCCUCAUGCUCUCCCUCCGCGCUGCCUCCCCGGGAAAAGCCGGCUCCCUCCUCAUCGCCACCAACGUUGGCUUCUCCAUCGGCGGCCUCGCCAUCGGAUGGCUACAUAUCCGACGCCAGGGAUCGUACUAUUUCGCGCAGCUCCUCUCCUUGCUUGCCUUUACACUCACCGUCCUCGCCCUAUCACUCCUCACCCAUCCCAUCUCCAUCCCCAUCUCCCCCUCCUCCUUUCCCUCCCUCUCCUCCUCCUCCUCCUCCUCCUCCUCCUCCUCAUCAUCAUCAACAUCAUCAUCAUCGUCUCCCAGCACACCAUUCACCGCCUUCGUAGCAACCAUAUGCCUCAACGGCAUCAUCACAGGAAUAUCCCUAAACUACGCCCUCGUCCACAUCCUCCACCUCUCUCACCCCUCCACAUCCUACGUAACCACCAGCCUCCUCGCCACCUUCCGCGGCUUCGGCGGCAGCUUCGGCACCUCCCUCGGCGGCGGCAUCUUCUUCCGCGUCCUCCGCGCGCGUCUCCUACGCGGCUUCCUUUCCCUCGACGGCCACCACCACCACCACCACGACAACAACGGUGAACUGCUGAGUCCCGAGAGGGAACAGCUGAUGAAUGAGCUGCUUGGCUCGCCGCAGCUCGUCUGGAAGGAGGGCUUCUUGGGAACCAGGGAGAGGCAGAUUGCGGUGGAGGGGUACGCAGAUGCCAUUGGGAGCGUGUGGAGGGCCGCGGCGUGCUUGGGGGUGGUUGUUAUUCUUGUGCAGGCUGCGGCUGGGUGGACGGCGCCUGGGGAGGGAGAGGAGCGGACGUUGCAGGAGGUCGAGGAGUGA